CCGCGCCUGGAGCGCCCGGGAGCCCAGGUGCGCUUCCUUGCUGGCUGCUCGCCGCACGGGUCUCACUGUCUCCUCCGCCAGCCGCCGCCAGGUCCUCACCCGCCUCAGUCCCAGAGCAGUGCCACCCCUAGGCGUCUCCCCCUUUCCUUUUUCCUCUCCCUUCCUCCCAGGCCGUCGCUGUCGCCUCCCCCCGCGGCAUUGGUCCGCCGGCCGCAGGAUGAAGAACCCAAUGCUCGAGGUGGCGUCCCUGCUGCUGGAGAAAUUGCUCCUCAUCUCCAACUUCAAGCUCUUCAGUUCAGGCGCCCCGGGCGAAGACAAGGCAAGGAGCAGUUUCCAUGACAUCAACUCCUUCCACCGCGGCGACGUCCUGGAGGUGCCCCGGACCCACCUGACCCAUUAUGGCAUCUACCUGGGCGACAACCAUGUCGCCCACAUGAUGCCCGACAUCCUAUUGGCUCUGACCAAGGACAGGAGGCUCACGCAGAAGGUGGUCUCCAACCAGCGUCUCAUCCUGGGCGUUAUUGGCAGGGUGGCCAGCAUCCGCGUGGACACUGUGGAUGACUUCGCCUACGGAGCCGAAAUCCUGGUCAAUCGCCUGGAUAAGUCCCUCAAGAAGAAGGCGCUGCUCAACGAAGAGGUGGCUCAGAGAGCGGAGAAGAUGCUGGGCACCACCCCCUACAGCCUGCUGUGGAACAACUGCGAGCACUUUGUGACUUACUGCAGAUUCGGCACCGCGGUCAGCCCCCAGGCAGACAAGUUUUGUGAGAAUUUGAAGAUAAUUAUUCGUGAUCAGAGAAGUGUUCUUGCUUCGGCACUCUUGGGAUUGGCGGCUAUAAUCUGCCUGGGCAUGGCAUCAUAUACUACUCUUCCUGCUAUUUUUAUUCCAUUCUGCUUAUGGAUGGCUGGCUGACUUCACAUCCUCAUGUCAGUGUGUGUAUUUUGUGUGUAAAUAUGUUUAUAUUUAUGGAGCACAAAUCAGUAUAAGCAUCGUCGAGAAAAAUGUGACCUGAAACAUUGUGUUCUGGAUAAAAAUGUGAUUAAGAAUCACACAAAGUGCUUACUGUGUAAGCCCAAGAACAAGGCUUUCUGAAUCUUCCUCAGGCAGUUACAUUUUAAAGCUCUGUGCAAAUCUUGGAAACCUGACAACUGUGAUAGACUUCAUCAUUACAAGAAAACCAGCCUCUAAGAUGAUGGCCACAGGAGAUAUUUUUUCUCUCUCUCCUGUAAUCACUUCUCUUCUCCAUUAGGCCAGAAUCUGAAGAUCAGAAGACUUAUUGUAAACUUGAUUGUAAAUUUAUUCAUUGAAAAACUUAUAUUAAACUGAAAGAAUUUCCCUUGUUCAGAUGAAAACCUGUUUGAUGAUUGGCCUAAAAAGAAAUUCUCAAUCUUUUUUUUAUGUAUUAUAAUUCCCGAUAAGUCAAGAAUAUUUCAUUACUUGAAACCAUAUUAGCAAAAUUAAGGUUUACUGAUAAAAUAACUGACCAGAACUAUAGAAUCUGUGUUUUCCUGCAGAAAUUGCUACUAUAGCAUCAGUUGAACAAUUUGAUGUAGCUUUACUUAAUAGGAAGCCUAGCAUUCCCCCUCCCCCACCCCUUUUACGUGUCACUGUGAUUACUUUAAAGGACUCUAAGAGGUAAAUGGAUAUAGGAUUGCAAUAAUUUGGAUACUUGUAAUGCAUAUGUACCAAUUAAAUAUGCGGAUAUCCACAUACACUCAAACUGAUGAGAAAUUAGGUUUGUUCUUGACUGCUUUAUUAUCAUACCAGUGUGGUUACUAUAGAGCAUUUGUAGAGAUGAAUGUUACAACAGAUUUAGUCCAUUUUCUUAUGCCUUUGCCUGUGGUGUAACUUGCAUAUAUGACUGGAUGGUUUAGCUUUUAGAGCACUUACUAAUGUACUGUAUAAUUUUUAAAAGCCCUCAGAUUUGUUUUCUAGUCCAUUUUUUCCCAUUUCAUUGGCAAGUAUAGCUCACAUCCUUAAAAGAAGAAUGCCAUAGCAGCAUAUAAGCCCCAAACAAGUAGGACCCAAGGAAAUAACUGUUAGGGAUAAUUUGUGUCUUAGUACUUCCAGGCAUGUAAAUUGAUUAUACCAAGGCUGUUUUAAUAGUUGAGUUGCAAUGUAGUGGUGUUAAAGCAAGCAUUCAAGUACUUUAACCAAAAUUAACAAAUUCUACAAUUAAGCCAAAAGCUAGACUUGUAUUUCAAGUAUUAAAGUUACUUUACAAACUACCAAGAAUCACAAAAUAAGUCACAUAAUGAGUGGUAUGAGGAGGUGGGAUCAGUCACUCAAUAAUCCAACCAGAACAAAUUUCAGAGCAGAUUUUAGCAACUGAUAUUUUAUCACCACUAAAUGUACCCACAAUAAAUUCAGUGGGAGUUUAAUUUUGUGUUUAA